AUGGAAACAAUAGAACAAGUCUAAAUUCAGAUAUCCUCUAUUGAUUAAUCAACUUCCUUAAAUUUAAAUGGUUGGGAAUCAAUUGAUACAGACUUGAAUGAAUAGGCUAUUUUUCAAGACUAGGAUUAGUUUCUAUCAAUUUUAAGAAAGCAUUAAUUUGUCAUUGGUAUUUCUAAACCUUUAGAAACAAGAGUUGGCUUAAAUUCAAUAUAAAAAAAUAAAAUCACUAUUAAAGGUCGAUUAGGAAUUCAAACUAAGCUACCUUGA